AUGAACCAGGGGACAGCCGGGACAGGGGCACCCAGACUAGAUGGGAGCAGUUCUCUCACGGGCCUUUUCCUACAGGUGAUUGCCUUCUUAGCAAUAGUCAUGGGAACCCACACCCUCAGUGUUCCGCCUAAGGACUGCAGCCACUGGCCCAGCUGCUUCCCCAUCAAAGGACAGGACUCCACUGAAGACCUGCUGAAGUUGAACACUGUGCUCCUGCCUCCCCGAGAGAUUGGUGGCCACACACACCACACAGGAUCCUGCAGGGCCAGCGAAGACGGACCCCUCAACAGCAGGUCCAUCUCCCCCUGGAGAUAUGAGUUGGACAGGGACUUGAACCGGCUCCCCCAGGACCUGUACCACGCCCGUUGCCUGUGUCCACACUGCGUCAGCCUACAGACAGGCUCUCACGUCGACCCCCUGGGCAACUCGGAGCUGCUCUACCACAACCAGACCGUCUUCUACCGCCGGCCGUGCCCUGGAGAACAGGGCGCCCAUAACGGCUACUGCCUGGAACGUAGGCUCUACCGUGUCUCCUUGGCUUGCGUGUGUGUGCGGCCCCGAGUGAUGGCCUAG